AUGCCCAAGAAGCACGCACCCUCGUAUACAACAGCAAAACCGUCCUACGUUCACCCCUCGCUGCAGAGUUCACGCUCCCCCGCAUCCUCAUCCUCGGCGUCUGAACCCCAAACCGUCAAUCAGCGCAUCCAGCAGCUGCGUCGCGAACAAGCUCCGAGAGCAACGCCCGAACAGCGCGAUGAGCUCACUUCGGUAGUAAGCAGUCGUACCGUCCCGCCAGAACUGCGGCGCAUCCUGCACAUACCCGAAGUUAAUGCUCCCAAACCAAAGGCGAACACAAGGACGCGGAGGGUCAUGGGUGGCGUGAGACCCCCACCAGGCCCCGCGGCACCUACAAGCUGGUUGCAGGCGAGUCGGCAUGCGCCAGCAUAUAUGAGGAAGAAGAAGGCUGAGUCGGAAAAGGGCGCCGUGAGGUUUGCCACGCUGGCCAGAGUCACAAACGAGGAAUUAAAGCGCCUACCACCGCCGCGAAGCCUCGUCCACCAAUGUCUCCGGACGUUUGCGCAACACUGGGAGGAGCUCUCCGAGUACGAACAACACUACAUUCCAUCGCUACCAAUAUCGCUGAAAGAAGCGCUACUGAGCUAUCUCACACUAUACGGGCAGAAGGGUUUGGACUUCAAGUCGCUCAAGAUUCUGUUCCAGGAUGAAGAGGGGACUGGCACAGCUGGUUGGGACGAAGUCCAAUUCCUCGACCUCAGCGGACUGUUGAGCGAACACUUCAAGAUUACCGAUCUUGGAAAAUGCGUCAAGCGUCCCAGUGCCAGUUCCAUAACAACAGAUCUCGCUUCGCUCCGCGUAACGGACGAUGUCGCCGACUCGUGGGAAGAGGAAAUACAAGAGAGUCCAGCUGCACCCUUGGUACCAGCAAUGAAGCUCCAAACCCCAUACUUCAGCAACCUGAGCCGACUUUCCCUUGCGAAACCUGGACAAUGGGCUUCAUGGCCCGACCUACUUCGUAUCUCGCCCAACCUCAACAAGAUCACACAUCUUUCGCUCGCGCACUGGCCACGGCCCUCGAUGACACCCAACGCGAACACCACAUCCAUGAUAUCAAAACACACGAGCGUAUCACUAGGCGGUUCACACUUCUACUCCGAUCUCGACGACGACUGGCACGAAGCUACUAACAUCCUCCGCCGCUUCUCAAAAGACACAUACUCGCUACAAUGGCUCGACCUAGAAGGCUGCAACUGGGUCAAAGCCCUCACGUCGCACCCCGGUCGCACGCCAACAGACAUAAACGGAAACACAGAAGAAUGGAGCACGCAGAACGGUAUUCCAGGCCCAGAUUGGAACGAUGCGUGGCGGCGCAUAACAUACAUCAACUUCUUCCAAGGUUGGAUCCCGAGCGAUAACCAGAGUCUGCAGAAUAUGCCCGCGGGUAUCGUGCCCGUGCAAUUGCUGCGCUGGCUCAGAGACAACAGGGACAAAGAAGCAUGGCGGUUGAAUCCAAAUGAGACUGGCCAUGCGGUCUCGGAAUGGGUAAACAGAGAGAAAGUGGCCAGACUGGUUGGAAUGGAAAUCCAGGGCGUGCGCAAACGAGGAGAAGGAUUCUGGUGCCGGAUCGAUUUCGGAUGGGGAGGCUCCGAUGAGAAAGCUGUAUGA